AGCAGUGUAGCUAGGUUCUUAGCCAAUUGCAAUCGAGAUUGCAUAAUAUGCAUAAUAAUAGUAUUUCCCAAGACUUCUGACUGGGAAAAGCCAAAAGUCAUUUCUCACUGGAUCACUGGGGAAAGCCGAAAUCAUUUCUGACUACGGAAAGCUGAAAAUAUGUCGAAGCGCAGGCGUAACAAUUGUCAAUCGGUUGACGAUUUGCGAAAAGAUGUCAACGAGGAACUACAUCAAGAAUAUGUGGGGUCGAGGAUAUUAAGUGAUAUCCAAUCUAUUAAUUUGAAAGUCUGCAAUGAUCUAAAUGUUGAUGUAAUUCUGUUUGUUCUUGUUUUGAAAUAUGGGUUGUCACUUGUGUGCUCUAUUGCCAAUGUUGCGUCUUCUUUGCUUGUACUCCCCGUAAAUGUAUGCCAAGAAGUGUUGGCUUUGGUAUGUCCCAAUUUAGAAGAAGAAGAUGGAAAUGUUCUUUUACAGUCCGCUUCUAAAUUAAAAGUUCCUAGUACAACCGAUAGGAAGUUGCAUGUAUUUACACCUUCAUGCUCCAAAUGUAUUAAGUGCAACCAUGAUCUUGUGAGCUACAAUAAGCCAGUAAAAGUUCAGGUACACGAUCUUUCUGGAACUACCGAUGGAGUGAAAGUUUCGCUUAGAUGCAAUCGCUGUAAUUUGCUUUAUGGAUAUUCCAAGUACGGUAAUGGGAAAGAUGGCUGGAUGUUAUAUCCCGAACAAAGAAAAAUGAUCAAGGCUACGGAUGUCUGUUUUGUUGAUUCAACUUUGCUUCAGUGGCAGCUGUCACUCGCAUUUUGGAGAGAAACAAGUUGCUGCUUCAUUUUGGGUCGGCGAGAUGGAGAAUGAGUCGAGGGAAUUGGGGCAACU